AUGCCUUUCGAAGCCCGCGUCAAGUCCGUCCUGUCAGGCGACACGGUCGUUCUGUCGCAUGUCACCAACCCCUCACAAGAACGCAUCCUGAGUCUGGCCUAUGUGUCCGCACCAAGAUUAAGGAGAGAGGGCGACGAGGCCUACGGCUUCCACUCGCGUGAAUUCCUUCGUGAGCUCCUUGUCGGCAAGGUUAUCCAGUUCCAGGUUGUCUACACCAUCCCCACCGGCGCCAAGCGCGAGUACGGUAUCAUCAAGCUGCCCGGAUUCGACGCUCAGCUGCCCGACAUCAGUGUUCAGGAGGGAUGGACCCGUGUUCGUGAAGAGGCUGGCAAGCGAUCGGAUGAUUCCGAGGAGACUUUGGCUUUGUUGGAGCGGUUGCGGGCUCUCGAGUCGCUCGCUCAGAGUGAGGGCAAGGGCGUCUGGUCCAGCAAGGACAAUGGUCAAAUUGAGACCACUUAUGAAUUGUCCAAUGGACAGAAUUUGGUGGACGAGUACCGCGGCAAGCAGUUGGAGGGUAUUGUUGAGAAGGUCCUGAACGGCGACCGAGUUAUUCUGCGCCUUCUGCUUUCGCCCCAAGAGCAUGUUCAGACUCUGGCUGCCUUGGCUGGUGUGAGAGCGCCCUCCACGAAGCGGACCACUGCCGAGGGCAAGGAGCAGGCUGGUGAGCCUUUUGGCGAGGAGGCCCUGCAGUUUGUUGAGUCUCGUCUGCAGCAGCGCAAGGUCAAGGUCUCCCUGGUCGGUGUCACUCCGCAGGGCCAGCUGGUUGCUACUCUGCUGCACCCUAUGGGCAACAUUUCUCGAUUCCUCCUUGAGGCUGGUCUGGCCCGCUGCCAGGAUCACCACUCCACCAUGCUUGGUGGUGACAUGGCCUCGCUCCGUCAGGCAGAGCUCGGUGCUAAGGCUGCCCGCAAGGGUGUCUUCACCGGACACGUGGCUCCCAAGGCCAGCGGUGCCGCCGCCCUCGACUGCACUGUCACCCGUGUGUUGAAUGCCGAUACCAUUUUCAUCCGCAACAAGGCUGGGCAGGAGAAGAAGAUUAGCCUUACCAGCAUCCGUCAACCCAAGCCGUCUGACCCUAAGCAAUCUCCGUUCGCUGCGGAUGCCAAGGAGUACCUGCGCAAGCGUGUCAUUGGCAAGGCUGUCAAGAUCACUGUGGACGGCAAGAAGCCUGCUAAUGAGGGCUUCGAGGAGCGUGAGGUUGCUACUGUGAUGCAGGGCAACGUCAAUGUCGGUCUGGCUUUGGUCGAAGCCGGCUAUGCGUCGGUGAUCCGCCACCGGAUGGACGAUAAUGACCGUGCUCCCUACUACGAUGAACUGUUGGCUGCCGAGGCUGAGGCGCAAAAGGAGACCAAGGGAAUGUGGUCACCCAAGGCCCCCAAGAGCAAGCAGAUUGUGGACUACUCCGAGAGUGUUCAAAAGGCCAAGCUUGAAGUUGGCAUCCUGCAACGGUCAAAGCGCAUUCCCGCCGUGGUCGACUUUGUCAAGUCUGGCUCUCGUUUCACCGUCAUUGUGCCCCGUGAGAACGCCAAGUUGACCCUUGUACUUUCGGGCAUCCGUGCCCCUCGAUCUGCCCGCGGGCCGGGCGAGGUUGGUGAGCCAUUUGGCCAGGAGGCCCACGAUUUGGCCAACCGCCGCUGCAUGCAGCGUGACGUUGAGAUCGAUGUUGAGACUAUCGACAAGGUCGGUGGCUUCAUUGGAACUCUGUACAUCAACAAGGAGAACUUCACCAAGGUCCUAUUGGAGGAGGGCUUCGCUACCGUGCACGCAUACUCGGCUGAGCAGUCUGGCCACGCCAACGAGUACUUCGCGGCUGAGGAGCGGGCCAAGGAGGCCCGUAAGGGUCUCUGGCACGACUGGGACCCCAGCAAGGAGGCCGCCGAAGCUGAGGAGUCUGAGGCUGCCAACGCCACCGGCAAUGAGAGUGAUGCUGCGGGCCAGCGCCGCAAGGAUUACCGUGACGUGACCGUCACCCACGUCGACCCGGCCACUGGAAAGCUGAAGCUCCAGCAGAUCGGCACCGGAACCAGCGCCCUGACAGAGCUGAUGAACGCCUUCCGAUCCUUCCACCUGAACAAGGCCAACGACACCCCUCUGCCCGGUCCUCCCAAGGCAGGCGAGUGGGUAGCUGCCCAGUUUAGCGAGGAUGGCGACUGGUACCGCGCCAAGGUUCGCCGCAACGACCGCGAGAAGGAGCAGGCUGAGGUGGUGUACAUCGACUUUGGCAACUCCGAGACUCUGCCAUGGAGCAGCCUGCGGCCUCUCACCCAGUCCCAGUUCUCUAGCCAGGCUCUACGCCCGCAGGCAGUCGACGCCGCCCUCUCCUUCCUCCAAUUCCCCGCUUCUCCCGACUACCUUGAAGAUGCUAUCGCUUUCGUGAGUGACCAGACCUUCGACCGCCAGCUGGUGGCGAACGUCGACUACGUUGACCCCGAGGGCACUCUCUACGUCACGCUCCUGGAUCCCGCCAACUCCAAGAGCCUUGACCAGAGUAUCAACGCCGACAUUGUCCACGAGGGCAUGGCGAUGGUUCCCCGCAAGCUGAAGGCGUGGGAGCAUGCUUGCGCCGAUACUCUGAGCAACCUGCGCGAGCUCGAGGACGAGGCCAAGUCCGAGCGCCGCGGUAUGUGGGAGUACGGUGACCUGACCGAGGACUAA